AUGUAUUUAUAGAAUUCUAAUUACAAAAUACUCUCCAACAUAGGGUCUGGAUCUGGACAUCAAGUCUUUAAAGUCUAGAAUAAUUAGACCUCUCGAAUUUUAGCCUUAAAAAUUGAAAAAAAUCCUAAUCUAGGCUAAUUAGAUGGAGAAAUUCAAAAAUUGAAAGAGCUAGAUGGAAUCAAAGGUAUUCCAUAGUUGAUUGAUUUUGGAAAGACAAAAGAUUCAAAGUAAAAUGAUCAUAAUAUUGUUAUAGGAGCUAUAUAAUCACUCCACUUUUAAAAAGAAAUCUCCAAGAGAUAGCAAAAGAAAGUUUGCCUUCUCUACAUUGCACUUUAGCUAUUGGACUCAGUGUAAUUGAAAUUUUACAUUAAGUUCAUAAAAAAGGCAUUUUACAUCUUGACAUAAAACCAGAAAAUAUAAUGAUAUCAUAGCCUUAUAUCAAUAUUCCAGUUGAUGAAAUUCUCCAACCUGGCUUCACUUAACUCAUUGAUUUCGGCCUAUCUUAAAAGUUUGGACACAAACCUUUCUUAAAUAAAGUUUUCGUCGGCUCUUUAAGAUAUGCCAGUAGAUAAGCUCAUAAAGGCAAUUAACUAGGUUAUAAAGAUGAUUUAGAAAGUCUACUAUAUGUUUUAGUGUAUUUGAGAAAUUGUAAAUAUUGAAUAUUGACUUUUUUAGAGAAACUGCCUUGGCAAUCCUUAAAAUAGCAAUAAUCUCAAUAAUUGGAAAUAAAAAAAAUAGGGGAAAUGAAAGAGGCCAUCUUUAACACUACGGUUCUUUCUUAAAAGUUUCCUCCGUAAUUUUCAUAGUUCAAAUAAUAUAUUGAAACUUUAACUCAAUAGACUAUGCCAGAUUAUGAAUACAUAAAAAAUCUAUUUAGAUCGAUGCUUUCAAUUGGGGAUCAAUCUUCAUCUGCUAAAUUGGGUUGUUCAGUCACUUUAAGUUAGUCAAUCAAAGAAACAAAAUAAAAUUAGAAUACUGAUCAUAUAUUGAUGCUUUUAGCAAAUUUGCCAAAUAAUGAUUCUAUUGACAUUCCUGAAGAUCAAAUAGAUAUUGAAACUUCUAUUGUAUUCAUCUCAGACUUAAUAAGUUCAUAUCCUACUUCAUCUAUUAAAUCAAUAACUGAUAUCAAAUUUUGA